ACAUAUGCCAUGGUUACCUAUCUUAUAUCUAUAAAUAAAUAAACUUGAAAGAACCCGCGGCCGUGUACGGUGUAUGCGAUAAUAAUUACCCAAACUCUUGCUCUGAGGAUCUGCCUAACUACAUCCAUACUCACUCUCAAACCCAUAAACAGCUAUUCUUCUCUACAAUGGCAAGGGACAGUUGUAUGACUCGUGUGGCCGCUGGAGUCGCAGUCGGCGGUGCCGUUGGUGGCGCUGUUGGCGCUGUAUAUGGGACUUAUGAGGCUAUUAGGUAUAAGGUUCCGGGAUUACUGAAGAUUAGGUAUAUUGGACAAACGACACUUGGUAGUGCAGCUAUUUUUGGUCUCUUUUUGGGUGCUGGGAGCUUAAUACACUGCGGGAAGUCCUAUUAAGCUCUUCUCUUUCCUUUCAUUUUGGUGUACUAAAAUUAUAUCAAAUGUUCUGGUAAAAAAAUUUCUGGUUUCUACUUCAAUAUCACAUCUCAAGUAUACAGAUGUUGAACCAGGGUGAUCAUUUGCUUCCAUGUGAUCUGCUGUUUUUAUUGGCGUUUGCUUAAUUUCAUAGCCAUUUAUGUUGCUUAUAUUUUUCUCUUGUUGCUGAGAUAUAUUACUUUCAGACAUGCAUUGUGAAAUUUUGGCUGCAUUUGUUCGUCAAAUUCUUAAGGCUGUGUUGAAAACACUCAACAUGGCCUGGCUGGUGCAUUGGCCUCGCUGUUGUUUACACCAAUAUGUGAUUGCUCAUUGGAAGAAUAACGCUCACUUUUUCA